AUGUCGACUGAUUUACUGUUUUGUAAGGGCAAAGUUUUUGUCCAUGUUAGUAAACGAUCAGAGGAGAAUUUAGCCGGGUUUUUGGUGAUCAGCAAGGACCCACAGCAGUCGAUACUUGAGGCAACGGUUAGUUGGAUUCCAGAGCAAGAAUUGACGGGAAAACAAGUCGAUGAGCUGUCAAAGGCAGAUUUGCGGUUUGCUGGAGGUGAGGGGUCUUUUGGGAAACUUAAAAUGAGUAAAGACGUGGUUUUACAAGCCUCUUAUGUUGCAUGGGGGUUUUCUAUUAGGCUAGGGAAUAUUUAUUCUGUUCAGUUUCGACACCCAAGUCCCAGCGGUUGGUGGUUUGGCUCCAUUGCCAUCCAUUCCAAGAUCGUACAGGAACAGAACAGUAUCCCGAUCUUAUUUUUCCAUGACGACGUCUGCGCGUCGACUCGCGAAAAGCAGAAACGGUUGGCUCAGGCGUUUGAUCCGUUCAGUGGUAGUAACGACACGUAUUGGGGCGGGGAUGAUUUUCGAGACGCAAUGAUACGGCUUGUGGAUUUUAAACAAACUUUGGUCGACCCCUCGAUUUGGCUUGUAAAUGCGACACUUGAAGACUUAAGGAAUUUUGCGUCAAGCGGGGCCAAGACCACUAGCAAUGAAGUCAACGAGACCGAGGACGUCUCUUCAUCGCUGUGGAACAAAUUUGAUCAAAUUCGAUGGAAUCUUAUGUCCAAAUUUGCGGAUUUGACUACAAGAUCUACAGACACUGUGGUUGAUCUUAUUAGUCGUCAUCCCGUCGUAAAAUUUGUCGACAAACACAGUUCUAGUCCCUACGUGCGUCAAAUAAUGACGAAUCCUAAAGUUCAAGAAAUCCAAGACGAUUUCGAUUCGGCCAAGAUUUACCUUGCCAAAUGGGCCCUGGGUGUCAAAGAAGAAGCGGAGCGGUACCAGACUAAACACGGACUCAAUGAUUCCUAUAGACGGUUACUUUUCAGCGAACUGGGUAAUGACGGUGAAAAUGUCGAACUUACGGAAGAAGAAAUUAAUAUUGCAAUGCAAAGAUCUCAUGGGUUGACAACUCACAAAUGGGAAUCGUUUUUCGAUUCUGAAGGACAUCUUUCCAUUACUGUUGAAGAAGUUAAGGACUACGUUUUCCAUGGCGGUGUCAAAGACCUUGAAAUACGAAAACAGUUGUGGUUGUUUCUGUUGGGAGUAGUGCCCUGGAAUUCAUCUGCGAGCGAACGUGAAAUUUUGAUUAAAACGCUUCGCGAAGAAUACAGGGCUAAUUAUAGGUGCAAAUGGGAAUAUCGUCAAGCCCAUGCUGACGAUGAGGAAGAAGCGUAUUGGCAUGACCAAGUUUUGCGCAUUGAAAAAGAUGUCAAACGCAACGAUCGUGAUCAUCCGCUUUACAAGUACAAUACUGACGAUGGACGGGCACCACCUGAAUCGGAAACUAUGGAUGACGAAGACGCCGUCGAUGAUUUAUGGCGGAUCAGAAACCCACAUUUGAACAAGCUAAGAAGUGUUCUACUUAGCUAUAACAUCCACAAUAACAAUCUGGGCUACGUCCAAGGAAUGGCGGAUCUUUUGUCCCCAAUAUAUGCCGUUUUACAAGAUGAAGAGCUUUCAUUCUGGUGUUUCGUGAAUUUCAUGGAACGUAUGGAGCGCAAUUUCUUACGUGAUCAGUCUGGUAUAAGAGACCAAAUGUUAACUUUAACGGACUUGUGUCAAUUGAUGCUUCCUAAAUUAAGCGAGCACUUGAAUAAAUGUGAUUCUUCAAACUUGUUUUUUUGCUUCAGAAUGCUCCUGGUAUGGUUCAAGCGCGAGUUUUCGUUCGAUGACGUUUGCAGCAUUUGGGAAAUCUUUUGGACAGAUUUUUACUCAUCUCAAUUCCAGUUGCUCUUCAUGUUGGCCAUUUUACAGAAAAGCAGCUGGCCUGUGAUGCAAAAUUUAACCCAGUUCGAUCAGGUCUUGAAAUAUUUCAACGAUCUUAAGGGCUCAAUGGAGUGGAGUGAUAUAAUGAUCAGAAGCGAACUUCUUUUCAUCAAAUUGAGAAAACUCGUCGAAAUCAACGACAGACGUGCCGAAUUGAAGGAAUACACACUUGUGUCACGCCAAGGGGCCGCAACACAUGAAGCAGCGGAAAGUCCUGCAGAAGAAGAGACAGAUGAAUGCGUACUUGUAACACCUCGGUUGAGAGCGCUGUUGCAAAAAGAGCUGGUCAUUCAAAGGGAAGGACCUCGUAAGAAGGACUCCAUUAGAUGA